GCGCAAGGUCGACAAGACGAAGGUCGACAGGGCCGGGAAGGCCAAGGCCGGGGAGACGAAGGUCGGGGAGACGGAAGGCGGGACUACGAAGGUCGGGGAGACGACGGCCGCGACGAGCAAAACCUUCACCGAGCUGGACGAGUGGGGGGAUCGGCGCACGGUCGAGGGGUGGCAGGGGAAGCUGGUCGGGCUCGCGCGGACGGGCGGCGCGGCAGCGGAGACGCGGCACUGGGGGCCGCCGCGCAGGGAUGGCGGCAAGGACAGGGACAAGGACACGGACGGCGGCAAGGACAAGGAUGGCGGCAAGGACAAGGAUGGCGGCAAG